AUGGAGCCGCCAGUGGCGAGGAAUGCCCCGGCGCCUGCUACACCGGUGAUGGCCGACCCAGCCGCCGCGGCUGCAGCGGAGGCGUCAGGUGCACCGGCAGCAGGAGGCGGUGCCGCCCCGAACGCCGCCGGCGGCACGAUGAACGCCCUCUGUGCGCAGGGCACGAUCCUCGCGCAGGGCAUCGCGCUCAACAUCGCCGACCAGCAGCAGGAGCUCACCACUGCCAACUCGCUCGCGACGAUCCUGGCGGCCAACCCGCUCAUCACCCCGCAGGAGAACCAGGCCACCCCCGGCAUCGCCACCGUCGCCAACGCACAGCUCACGGAGUUGGGACUGGCGAACAACCUCACGGCCCAGGGCGGCGACAACGUUGCCGGCAACAUGCAGAUCGUGCAGACGCUGCAGAUGGACUUCAUGGGCGGCAUCAUGCAGAACAUGAAGAAUAUGGCCGCUGCCAUGGCUGCAUGUGGUGGCAUGGCUGCCCCGGCGGCCGCAGCACCCCAGGCGCAACCUGCCCCGGCCGCCGGGGGAGCGGGAGGAGGAGAGACGGCAGCCCCGAAGCAGAACGCGACCUCCACCUCGUCGUCAUCAUCAUCUGGCACGAAAGGUUCUGCUGGGGCGAAGGGCUCCGGGGGUGCCAAAGCCGGCAAGUUCGUCACCACCAAGGUUGGCCUUCAGAAUGAACGCCCUAACCUCGUCUCGAGGUCUGCCAAGUUCGUCGCGUAG